UGCCUAUAGCUAUAAGGUUUAGGAAUGUUUCUAAACAAGUGUUUAUUUUUCAGGUUUAAAUGGAACAUGCAAUAACUCUAGUGUACCAACAUCGACUUCAGAAAUGCCAGAUUAUUUAUUAAAAUAUGCAGCCAUUUCCUCUUUGGAGCAGCGUCAGAGUUACAAAAAUGACUUCAACGCAGAAUACAAUGAGUACAGAGACUUGCACGCCCGGAUAGAGAGGAUAACUGGACGCUUCACGCAGUUAGACUCCCAGCUGAAACAACUUUUGCAGGGCUCUGAAGAAUACAAGACGAUCCAUGAUCAAAUUUUACAGGAAUAUCGGAAAAUUAAAAAGACUAACCCCAAUUACAGCCAAGAGAAGAACCGCUGCGAAUACCUCCACAACAAACUGGCCCACAUUAAAAAACUCAUAGCAGAGUAUGACCAACAGCAGUUUUAGCUGGCGCUGAUCCGGACUGGUAGGGCAGAAACAAAGUCACGUGGAUGUUACGUUCCCUUUCCUACAGCUAGCUUCCUUUCAGAGACGAGCAUUAAUCCCUCGUGCUUGGAAGAACUCGGGGAUCGCUUCCGAU